AUGGCCGCUCCUGCUUCUGUCGAGGCCACCCUCGCCGCCGCCAUCACCCAGAUGGAGGCUGACGCCACCCUCCGCAAGACCGUCAAGGAGGCCACCGAGCCCAUCGAGGAGAUCACUCGCCAGGCCACUGCCGAGCUCAACCGCCUCCACUCCGCCAGCUCGGACAAGCACGAGGCUAUCGCCAACAAGGCGCUCGAGAUUGUCGCUACCGCCCACCCCACCUGGGUCGAGAUCGCCAAGCUCAUUCCCAAGGGCGAGUUCUUCCGCUACCAGUUUGCCGUCUCGCCCCUGUUCAAGUCGCUCGUCACCUCGAUCGCCUUUGCUCGCUUCAUCCUCCACAACGAGCUAGUCCCUGCCUUCACCGCCGCUACUCUUAUGGGUUUGACAGGCGAGGACGUCGGUGAGCUCCAGCUGUCGUCGGACGACUACCUCCAGGGUGUUAUUGCCAUGGUCAACGAGCUCCCCCGUCUCUCGAUCAACUCGGUUACUGCCCAGAACUUUGAGCUGCCCGGCAGGAUAGCCGCCUUUGUCAACGACAUCUUUGCGAGCUACUCCAUGCUUAACCUCCGUAACGACAACCUCCGUCGUCGCUUCGACUCGCUCAAGUACGACUUGAAGCGUUGCGAGGACGUUGUGUACGACCUCACUCUCCGUGGCCUCGGUGCCUCCAAGGCUUAG